GCGAGCGUGGAGGCGGGAAAAGACGGGAUGGAGAGACAGGGAGUGGACAUGUCCCACGCCGAGUCCAAGGACCACGAGCUGCAGCCCUUGGGUGACGGCAAGGAUCAUCUGCAGGGUGAGGACAACCGCGAGGACGAGGCUGGCCGAGGGCCGGUGAGAAGUCAAGUUUCCAGCCCUUCCAUCGCGAUCUCCAGUGCCAACCGCCAGCUGGUGACGCUGGAAGGGAAGCCAGGGCCUUACUUUUCCUCUCUGGACUCUAGCAUCGACAUCUUGAAGAAGAGAGCCCAGGAGCUGAUUGAGAACAUCAAUGAAAGCCGGCAGAAGGACCACGCACUCAUGACCAACUUCAGGGACAGCCUCAAGAUCAAGGUUUCAGAUCUGGCAGAGAAGUUAGAGGAGAGGAUGUACCAGCUUUACAAUCACCACAACCAGAUCAUUCAGGAGAAGCUCCAAGAGUUCACCCAGAAAAUGGGCAAGAUCACCCAUCUGGAAACAGAGCUCAAGCAGGUCUGCCACAGCGUGGAGACGGUGUACAAAGACCUGUGUGUCCAGCAUGAGGUGCGGGAGUGGGGGCCUUGGGGAAGGGGCGCUGGGGCGGUGAAGCUGAGGGUUGGCUGUGGGCAGAAACCAAACCCCACAGGGGUGGCAGUCAACGAAAGCCCCCGAGUCUCAUUCGGGCUCCCCUGUCAUGUGGUGUGUCUGCACUGAGGCCACCGGUCAGCCGUUACUGCUCACCAAGCAUGUGGUCAGCUCUGCUGAUGGAAAGCACCAAGUCCCUUGCACGCCUCCAGUCAGAGAGUGUCCCAUCGGCCCCAUGGCCCUAAGCCCCAAGCCCAAUUCAACCCCUGGGGCCUGGCACUGCCUGGCCUGGGCUUCCUUAUCACGGAGGAGCCCAAGGCUCGGAGGGACACAGGCCAGACCUCUCCAGGGGCAGAGAUGGGCGCUCAUCCCACACAGCCCCAUGACUCACGGCCCCCAGACAUGCUCGGUUCUUGGGCGGUUACAGCUAAAUGUGGCCAACACUGUGGGCCCAGACUCCCAGACUCGCUUAUCCUCACCCUCACUGUGCUCCAAAGGCCAGCACAAAGCGACAUCCUCACAGGCUGGGGUCAGAGGGCACAGAGUGAGCUUCUGGUGUGAGGGGCUCUACACCCCGUCACUGUCAUACAAGUUGCUUCAAAUGUCACGCCCUUCCCUCUCCCUUCUCCAAGGCAGAUGGAGUCCAUUAUCAUCCUCGGUUGAAAACGGAUUGUGGAACUCUGUAGAAGAUUCAAUCUUCUCUUAAGGAGAAGUAAAUCUGAGUGACUUAAAAAGGGAAAUUUUAAUGUUUAAUAUUUAAAAGUCAGGGUCCCUCACUCCCCAUCAUAUAAAUUGCCUCCUCUUGAGAGUUCCGGGCCCUCCCCCACCUCCCUGACUGUGGUCACAGAACGUUCUGGAAGUCCGUCCCGGCGUCCCUCUGGGAAGGGGCUUCGGAGGCGCGCAGGCCCCCGGUGCAGUGUGUUCACUUGGCGGCUGUGAACGCCUGAAUUCCCGUGAUCGCUCUCCCCAGGAUCAAAGCGUGAAUGUCAUGGGUCCCUGAGCAAGAUAAAUAUUGAGUCAGCUUGGAGUCUCCACAGCUCACAGCUUCCUUUUACAGUCAGUCUCCCUGUGCCCCCAGGCUGCACCUUUGGAAGGAGAACAGACACACAACGACAGCGAGUGCUGACAGCCCGGCAGCCGCGGGCGAGCCACACGCAGGCUCAGAGGCCAUGUUCACGCAAGAAGUUUGCUUUCCCAUAGUUCUGUAACAUGUCUGGGCUAAACCCAAAGCUCCUUCUGUUAGACCCCGAAAUGCAGUAAGUCUAAGCCCUGCCUAGGGCCCUGCCUCGGUUCAACCCAUGCCUGGCAGAUUCACCACCCCCCAAAAAAACCAAGAGUUGAUUAAAUGUUCAAUUUUCA